UUGGCACAGCCGAAAGAUGCCACAGAGAAAGGUGCCCCCUGGUCGUUGCCCGUCUAUCCGAAAGGGACAAUGGCACAGUCACUCAAAUUGGCCGGCAGAUCUGCGCCCAUCUUGAGAAUGUUUCCAGAGUUAUGGGCUGAGUGCGUCUUUAACAAGUCAGAGAAAAUCAUUAAGAGGCACAAGUCACUGGCAGACAUACCGGGACCGUCUGCAGUCAGCUUCGCCGCUGAUCUGUUCGUAAAGGGAGGACUGUCCCGUCUGCAUGAGCUACAGCUGGAAGGUAAAGCUAAGUAUGGUCCAGUCUGGAAGGCAAGCUUUGGCCCCAUUCUGACAGUUCACGUGGCAGAUCCAGCUUUAAUCGAGCAAGUCUUAAGACAAGAAGGAAAGCACCCAAUCCGGUCAGAUCUUUCUUCAUGGAAAGACUACAGACAGUGCAGAGGACACUCAUAUGGACUACUUACAGCAGAGGGGGAGGAAUGGCAGCAUCUUCGCAGCACUUUGGGGAAACACAUGUUAAAGCCCAAGGAAGUGGAAUCUUACAGUGGUGUAUUGAACGAUGUUGUUGGUGACCUCAUCAAGAAGAUUAACUACCAUCGUGAUCAAAGCCCAAACUGCACUGUCAAGGAUAUCUCCAAUCUGUUCUACAUGUUUGGGUUAGAAGGUAUAUCUUCUGUUCUGUUUGAUUCACGGAUCGGUUGUUUAGAGAACACCGUACCCAAGGAAACAGAAAAGUUCAUACAGUCCAUCAACACCAUGUUUGUGAUGACCCUAUUAACAAUGGCCAUGCCUAAGUUCCUGCACAGAAUCUUCCGUAAACCAUGGCAAAAGUUCUGUGAAUCCUGGGACUACAUGUUUGCAUUUGCCAAAGGUCAUAUUGACCAAAGAAUGGCCGAAGUUGCAAAGAAACUGGAACAAGGCGAAAAGGUGGAGGGGAAAUACCUUACCUAUUAUUUGGCACAGGAGAAAAUUCCCAUGAAAUGCGUUUAUGGCAAUGUCACAGAGCUACUGUUAGCCGGCGUAGAUACAAUUUCAAGCACACUCUCCUGGAGUCUGUAUGAACUAGCAAGGCAUCCAGAUAUCCAGACUGCUUUGUACAUGGAAAUCAAGGAAGUGUUACAAGGAGAACUAAUCCCAUCAGCCUCCCACGUUGGCAAGAUGCCUUUAAUGAAAGCUGUUGUCAAAGAGGUGUUAAGGCUCUACCCUGUUAUUCCUGGUAAUGCCCGUGUUGUAGCAGACAGAGAUAUUCAAGUGGGAGAAUAUACUAUACCAAAGAAGACUCUCAUCACCCUGUGUCACUACGCCACAUCCAGAGAUGAGAAGGUCUUCAAAGAUCCUGAUGCAUUCCGCCCAGAACGCUGGCUGAAAAAAAACGAGUCCCAUCACCCAUACGCAUCCCUCCCAUUUGGUUUCGGCAAGAGGAGCUGCAUUGGAAGACGCAUAGCUGAACUGGAGGUUUAUCUGGCAUUAACAAGGAUUCUCACUCACUUUGAGGUGAAACUCGAACAUCCUGGUAGUUUGGUGAAACCCAUGACAAGAACGCUUCUAGUACCAGAGAAGGAAAUCAACUUGCAGUUUCUGGAACGAUAGCUUUUGCCAUUGUCUUAUUUAACUGGCAAAGAUGGCGUACAUCAGUAAUUCCAUGACAUUAAGAAGAGUCUUUGUCCCAUGUGCCUUAAACUAUUUCAGAAACCUUUACAGAGAAAGCUGUUAACAACAUCCAUACAAUCCUUUGGAACUGUAUGUUAACAGGUCCAUCACAAGUUAUGGAAACCACAACAUCACGACACGAUUCAUUUUUUGUUUACAAAGAGGGCAAAACUCAGCCAGAAAUU